AUGUGCAAACACACCACCAUACUCAUUCUCGGUCUACUCUUCACGGUACUAUUCAUUAAAAGUGCAAUAUCCACUGAAGACGAUGAUAAAUCUGACUCCGAUUCGGAUGAUUUAGCUCUUCGGGAUGAUCAUGAUUCCGAUGAAAUUGUUGAAAAAGUUGGCAAAGCUCUUCGAGGUGAUCAAUCUCUUAGUGGACUUUUGCAAAAAAGACAAUCAUUCACAGAUGCCCAACGUCAAUUUCAGAAGCAAGCAUUAGAUGCACAUAAUGUAUACCGUGCUCGUCAUUGUGCUCAACCACUUGUACUUGAUGAUGCACUUAGUCGUUCGGCUCAAAACUAUGCUCAGAAACUUGCUUCUACUAAUUCAUUUCAGCAUAGUGGAACACAAGGUGUAGGUGCAACCGCUGUCAAGCUCUGGUACGAUGAAAUCAAGCAAUAUAACUUCAACAGUGGAGGAUUCUCAUCGGCUACCGGCCAUUUUACACAAGUCGUUUGGAAAGGUUCCCGAAAACUCGGUAUGGGCGUCGCUUAUAGUAAUGGAGGCCGUUCUGCAUAUGUUGUUGCUCAGUACACACCACCGGGCAAUUAUAUGGGUCGAUUUACAGCGAAUGUUCGUCCAGCGAAUAGCUGCUAG